GAGCUCGGGCGAGUCCGGCGGCGCGCGUUCCACGUGACGCGGGGCCGCGCGUCCCGCCGCCAUGUUCCCAUCUGUCGCUCGGCGUCUUCGGAGCUCGACGGCCGCAGCUGCCGCGCGCUCCUCUGGCUGCUGUGCCCGCGUGUAGUGCGUGCUGCGUCUAGCCCCUCGCCGGCGGCCGGCCCGCCCGCCCGCCGUGAGAGAGAGAGAGUGCGUGUGUCGUGGUGUGCGCGGAGUGCAACAGGCGGGCGCCACGCGUGGAGCUUCGACCGACGCGGCGGCAGUGGUGGAUGUGCGCGCCCAACAAUGUGUUCAUGCGCAUGCGAGCUGCGACCCGCUGGAUGUUUGAUGUGUGCGUCGUCUGCCCAGUGCACAGUGUGAGAACGAGCGGCGGCUGCGGUAACAUGUUUGAAUCUGUGCUCGUCCGGCGUGGCUGUUGUAGUCGCGCUCGUUCCAAGUUGUGAUGUUGGAGGGUACUUGCUACAUAAUGAUUGGUUUGGUUAGUGAAGCCAGUGUCUCGUGUAGUGAACCGUACACACAAGAAGCACGAUUGUGAUUUUGUUUGUUUGAUUGUUAUGCCAAAAUGAUGGUGGAAAUCCCUGUGAAUUUCUGGUCAUCGCCUUCGUUUGGAUUUACAUCCAGGUGCUGUGGAGAAACCGUCUGUUCAAAAAGACAUAGCCAGUCGAGCUUGAAACUGGAACAGAUUAAAGAAAACUCUUCGUCGCUGCAGCAGCAGAAGGCUGCCAACCAGGAGCCUGUCGGAGGCGGCGAGUGGGGCUUCGGCCAGACGCUCUUCAGCGCCUCGGACUGCCGAGAGCUGCUCAGCGAAACAGCUCGGUAG